CGAGCUCUUAUGAGUAAAGGGGAAACCAGAAGAGAUAUCUGCAUGAAGGCCGAGCUGCUGAAAGAUAUCACCAACAGCAAAGAGGAAGGAUUUAAUGCUAUGGCAGCAGAUGAAAGUGCCAUAGAGAAGCAAGCUGGGGAACCAAAGAUGGCCCCCGAUGGUGAAACCAAUGGCUCUUGUGAGUGCAGUGAAACCAAGAGCCACCCCAGUGCAGCUAAGAACACUCAGGACAAUGCAAAAGUCAGCCAAGGGGACCCCACGGCCAAGUUGAAUCGGAUAGCGGAGAAUGGCAUUUCUGAGAGAGACAGUGUUGCUGGAAAGCAGAACCACAUAAAAGCAAACGAUUUCACACAGACUUCUGUCACGGGGAGCAAUGGAUAUAUUUUACCGAUGCAGAUGGCUCAGGAGUUGCCCGCAAGGACUACCAGCGGGGCUUUUGCUUCCCUUCCUGGCCACGCAGCAAAAACCCUCCCUGCAGGAGGAGGAGGAGGUGGCGGAGGCAAGGGGAGAACGCUGAGCCCCUUUCCCCAGGCGCAGGCCGCCCUGCCAGCGAAACACGGGGAAGGCAGUAAGGAGGGCGAGACGAAGAAAAGCACAAGCGCGCAUGCCAGCAUGAAGGUUCACAGAGCACGGAAGACAAUGCCCAAGUCUCCUUCGAGCCUGGACCAGGGGAUGUUUGGCUCUCCAGAUGUUUUGGAUUCAGCUCCCAGAAGCCCCAGCCAGCAUGGCUUAAUGAAUUCAAGUAAAGACUCCAAAGAAGCGAAAGCACCUAAGGAAGAUGACAACAGAAAUGUUUUGGAAUUUGGAAAGGCCCCCUCAUUGCCCCCCAUCCCUGGCCUUCAUUCAUCUCUACCUCAAAACCAGAGCUAUGUCGCCACCUCAAAAUCUCAGACAGCUGCUUCAGUAUCUCGCAAGAAAAAACGAAGAAUGGGGACUUACAGUUUGGUUCCCAAGAAAAAGACCAAAGUUUUGAAGCAGAGGACUAUGACUGAGAUGUUUAAAAGUAUCACUCAUUCCACUUCAGGUGGCAAGGGCGAAAAGGGAGAUGCCAGCCCUCAUGUGAAUGGGGAGAGAUUAGACAUAGACUCUGAGGAAGAGGACUCAGAUGAACUGGAAGAGGACGACGAACGUGGGACAGACCACUCGGCUGCUUUCCCUGCAGAAGACAACCGAACGGCUAAAGAAGGGAAUGUGGAUACUAGCAAUGUCAGAAAGUUAGUUGAUGGAGAAUCUGAGGAGGAUCAGGACUCUGGAGAAUCUGCAGAAGAAGAGGAAGAUGGUGACGAGUCUGAUUUGAGUUCCGAAUCCAGCCUCAAGAAGAAGAUGAUGAAGAGGAAAGGGAAGACGGAGAGCCCUUGGUUGAAACCCACCCGGAAAAGGAGGCGGAGAAGUAAAAAGAAACAAAGCAGUACACUAGGUAAUGAAAACAGACUUGCCUGCCACCUCCCCUCUUUGGUCUUUGAUCAAGGUCUCUCAAAUGGCCCUGAAACAGUGGAAGCAGACAGUCUUCAGGAAGUGCCUCUCUGUAGCUGUCGAAUGGAAACGCCCAAAAGCCGAGAAAUCACCACGCUAGCCAACAACCAGUGCAUGGCAACGGAGAGUGUGGACAAGGAGCUUAGCCGAUGCACAAACCGAGUGCUGAAAUACGAGCUGAUGCGCCCGUCUAACAAAGUCCAGCUCUUGGUGUUGUGUGAGGAUCACAGAGGGAGGAUGGUGAAACAUCAGUGCUGCCCUGGUUGUGGCUUCUUUUGUGCAGCGGGCACAUUCAUGGAGUGCCAGCCAGAAAGCAGCAUCUCGCACCGGUUCCACAAUAAUUGUGCCUCUCAGGUCAAAGGCAUGAGCUACUGCCCACAUUGUGGAGAGGAGGCCUCUAAGGCCAAAGAAGUGACUGUGGCAAAAGCAGACACAACCUCCACACUCUUGCUAAACUAUGAGCAGAAGAAACCUGGCACCUCGGAAGGAAGAGCAGACACAACGACAGGAAGCGGGACUGGAACGCAGGCAUCCGAAGAAGGCAGGUCUGAGAAUUCAUCUGCUGAGGGGUUUGACUUGGCUGGGACGUCUUCUUUUCCAAAACCUACCCCGCCUGGUCUGUCCCAAGGGCCUGUAAAAGAAACUUUGGAAAGCGCCUUGAUUGCCCUGGAUUCGGAAAAACCCAAGAAAUUACGGUUUCACUCCAAGCAGCUGUAUUUCUCUGCCAGGCAAGGGGAAUUGCAGAAGGUUCUCCUUAUGCUGGUGGAUGGGAUUGAUCCCAACUUCAAAAUGGAACACCAAAAUAAGAGGACCCCUCUUCACGCCGCAGCAGAGUCUGGACACGUGGACAUUUGCCAUAUGCUUAUUCAGGCUGGUGCUAAUAUAGACACCUGCUCUCAGGAUCAGAGGACCCCCCUUAUGGAAGCAGCAGAGAACAACCAUCUGGAGACUGUGAAAUACCUCAUCAAGGCUGGAGCAUUAGUAGAUCCCAAGGAUGCAGAGGGUUCCACGUGUUUGCACCUGGCAGCCAAGAAGGGCCAUUAUGAUGUGGUGCAGUAUCUCCUGACCAACGAUCAGAUGGAUGUCAACUGCCAGGAUGAUGGAGGCUGGACGCCAAUGAUUUGGGCUACCGAAUACAAACACGUUGAGUUGGUGAAGCUACUACUGGCCAAAGGGUCUGACAUCAAUAUCCGAGACAAUGAGGAGAAUAUUUGUUUACACUGGGCUGCCUUCUCGGGGUGCGUGGAUAUAGCAGAGAUCUUGUUAGCUGCCAAAUGUGACCUGCACGCUGUGAACAUCCAUGGAGAUUCGCCCCUGCACAUUGCAGCCCGAGAGAACCGCUACGAGUGUGUAGUCCUCUUUCUGUCUCGUGGCUCAGACGUCACCCUGAAGAACAAGGAGGGGGAAACGCCGCUGCAGUGUUCAAGCCUCAAUUCUCAAGUCUGGGUUGCUCUGCAAAUGAACAAGACCCUCAAAGAAUCAACUCCUGACAAACCUGUCCAGGCGGAGAAGAUACUGAGCAAAGACAUCGCCCGGGGUUACGAGCGGAUUCCGAUCCCAUGCAUCAAUUCCGUGGACAGUGAACCCUGUCCUACCAACUACAAAUACGUUUCCCAGAAUUGCGUGACUUCCCCAAUGAACAUCGACAGAAACAUCACUCAUUUGCAGUACUGUGUGUGUAUAGAUGACUGCUCCUCCAGUAAGUGCAUGUGUGGACAAUUAAGUAUGCGCUGCUGGUACGACCGGGAAGGCCGGCUCUUGCCAGAAUUCAACACAGGUGAACCGCCCCUGAUCUUUGAGUGUAACCAUGCCUGCUCCUGUUGGCGGACUUGCCGGAACCGUGUGGUACAAAAUGGGCUCCGGGCUCGGUUACAGCUUUUUCGGACAAGGACAAUGGGCUGGGGCGUGCGGACGAUGCAAAACAUUCCAUUGGGGACCUUUGUGUGCGAGUACGUCGGAGAGCUGAUUUCUGAUUCAGAGGCAAAUGUUCGUGAAGAAGACUGCUAUCUUUUUGACCUUGGCAACAAGGAUAGAGAGAUCUACUGCAUAGAUGCUCGCUUCUAUGGCAAUAUCAGCCGCUUCAUCAACCAUUUCUGCGAGCCAAACCUCAUCGCUGUGCGAGUGUUCAUGUCCCAUCAGGACCUGCGCUUUCCCAGAAUUGCCUUUUUCAGCAGCAGACACAUCCAGGCGGGAGAAGAAAUCGGGUUUGACUACGGCGAAAGGUUCUGGAAUAUCAAGGGCAAGUACUUCAGUUGCCUGUGCGGCUCCCCAAAGUGCAGGCACUCCAGCGCCGCCUUGGCUCAACGGCUGGCAAGCACAUCGCAGUCUCCUGAGGCCCUAGAAAACAGACUUCCUGACACCAGCUCGGCGGCAGCGACAGUAGCAGCUACUGCCCCCUUUUGAGGGCUUUCUUGACCCCUUCCCCUUCCCCAAACACCACGACUGCACCCCUACCACCACCACCAAAAAGAAAAAAGGCCACAGAUCGAAUAAAUGUCCAUUUCCUUCUUCUCAAGAAGAAGGGAAGCCCUGAGAAUUUGGCAGCCCUGGGCGGCGCUGCUGUGACUUGUUACUGGAGAGACAGAUGGACCGACCAUGGCCCUCUCCUGUCUGAAUCCUCUUCUGUGCUCGCGAGAUGCCAGGAAGCAGCCAUCUCGACAAGGGCGGGAAUCCUGGGGCAUCUGCUCUCCGUGUUUGGCGGCCUCUUGUGUGAUUUAAGUCUUCUCCGAGCCAAGCGAGAGGUGCCUCUUUCCCCACUUUUCCACUUUCCCCGCUUUUGGAAGGUCGAAAGUUGAAGGGACGGCUCCGGCCAAGCCUCUCUCCAAUCCACUCGUAAUAAAAACUCUGAAUACUU